GAAGUGAAGCAGGCAUGAAAUCAUAAUGAAUGCAACAUGGCUAAUUUUUCUUGGAGUGUUAAUACAACGGCCACCACGAUAGCUAACAUCCGUGGAGUCGGUAGCUCUACAGUCUCAAACGUGUCUACCAAUUCCUUAUUAUGGAUUACUAAUGAAAGACAAUAUGAAAUUAACCGCCCCACUUUCAUCAUCUAUAUAAUUUCCACCAUUUUGGGUUUCAUCGGAAAUUUACUUGUGAUAUAUGUGUUUGGAAUCCGAUUUAAGAAGUCAACAGCUAACAUAUUUGUAACUUGCCUGGCAGUAUUUGACACAAUCAUAUGUUUUCUAUUAAUUUUGGAAACUUUGGAUCUGCGGUUUCCGAUGUACAGUGGUAACUAUCCUGCACUUUGUAAAAUAGUUCGCUUUUUAGAAGUUUUUGCCAAAUCGUGUACUACCAUCUUACUUCUAUGUGUAGCAUUAAACCGCUAUUAUAAAGUAUGCAAACCUUUGGAGCAUAUUUCAAUUGAAAAGGUAAAGAAAAUUUUGAUUGCUAGUAUUGUAGCCGCGAUAUUUUUCAGUUGGCCUGCAUUAUUAUUUCAUGGUUCGGAAACGAUGGCGACACUUUAUCCCGGAAUUACAGGAAAAGACUGUGCUGCUGACGAUAAUUUUAAAGGUUCGCUUUAUUCUGUAAUGUAUUUUAUUCUCCUUUUUGUUAUAACAUCUUGUUGCAUUAUUGCACUGCUAGCAUUAUAUAGUCGUGUUAUCGGGGCAUGUUUGAAAAGAAAGUUCGCAGUUAUUGGAGAAAAUCAAAUUACGGGAAUUUGGUAUUCUAAUACAUCUUAUCAAUUUCAACGAUCUUCAAACAAAGAUUUGAUACGAAAAAUACAGAAAAGAAUAGAUAAUGAACAGAAACAACAGUCCAAUUCUAUGGUCAUGGGUGAUAAACUUGGAAUAGAAAAUAAUUCUGACAUACAGAAAAAUGAUCAAAGGAUUAAGGAAAAUAAACACCAGUCCAGGUUUGUGGUUCUAGGUGAAAAAUACAAAUCUUCAAGUGAUAGCGAAAAUUCUUUAACUCCAGAUAGUCUAAGUAAGACAGAACUACAAAAUACACCUAUUCCGAUAAAGGGUAUUUUGAAAAAUAAAUCAGAAAACAAAAAUGAACUGUUAAAUAAUUCUGCUUUAGCAAAACUUAAUGGUAAAUAUGAAGUACGGGACGAACCCCAGCUUGUUAAUGAGAAACCUAAGAAGAGUGUAUCUUUCAAGUUCUCAGAUGCUGAGAUUACUACACAUCCCAAAGUCACUUCGUCUGAACCAGAUGAUAAUUCAAUCAAGGAGCCCACAAGGCAUCUAGUGUUAAGCACAUACGAAGAAGAGCUAGUGGAUAAAGUUUUACGAAGAACUAGAAAUACAAAGAGAAUUGAAAACGAAGGAAAAAGUAGUUCAACUAGUAAUGAAAACGUUGGUUCUACAACCGUAAUGUUCUGUUUGGUAGCAGUAAUUUAUGUGGUAUGCUACAUUCCUACUCUAAUUGUAGAGACCAUCAAUAAAAUACAACCAUUUAAUCUGAAUGAGAUGUCAACCACAAACCAAAAAUUCUUGGUGAUGGCUUAUUCCGCUUCCUUCAUGAAUCUUCCAUUUAACCCCCUUAUAUAUAGUGUGUUUAACAAGCAUUUUCGAGGUGAGAUUAUCUUAAUGUGGAAAAACAAAUUCAAAUGA